CUCCAAGUGGUCUGAGCGACGCCGCCCGCGCAUGCGCACCGGCUCCCUCUCCUCUCCUCUGUGAUGACUGACCGACAGUGACCUCCGUUUCUGCAGCAGCGCACAACUUGGACCGGCUCGGCAUCACAAGCACACACAAAAAGAAGAACACGACAGGGAGGGGAGAUGGCCGGUAUUUUCGGGAAGAUCUUCGUGGGUAUUUAUGUGGAGAUAAAACGGAGCGACGGACGAAUACACCAGGCGAUGGUCACGUCCCUGCACGAGGACAAUGAUAGUGUGACAGUGGAGUGGAUCGAGAACGGAGACACCAAAGGGAAAGAGAUUGAUCUGGAGAGCGUCUUUGCUCUGAAUCCAGAUGUUGCUCCUGACGAGGAGAUACCACAGAGUCCUGAAACUCCUCUUCCUCCCUCCAAUGUUGCUAAAACCAGCAAACUCCCCAAGACAAGACGGACUACAGCAAUACCGAAGGCUGAGAACGCUCCACGGGAGAACAGAGCUGCAGCAGUGGGAACCACCCGGGCCCGUCCCAGCCAGCACAGCCAAGCUGCAGAGCCGCCUCCACCAGCCAUCGCUCCCCAGUCUGCACUCAACCAGUCCCUGUUACAGCAGCAGAACGCACGGAAGAAAUCCAACUGUGUGAAGGAAGUUGAGAAACUGCAGGAGAAACGAGAGAAGAGGCGACUUCAGCAACAGGAGCUCAGAGAGAAGAGGGCACAAGAGGUGGAUGUCAACUUACCAAACUAUGAAAUCAUGUGUAUGAUCAGAGACUUCAGAGCCAGUCUGGACUACAGGCCUUUAACCAGUAAUGAUCUGAUCGAGGAGCACAGGAUAUGUGUAUGUGUUCGUGCACGUCCCCUCAAUAAAAAAGAGUUGUCAAUGAAGGAUUUGGAUGUGAUCACCAUUCCCAGUAAGGACGUGGUGAUGGUCCAUGAGCCCAAGCAGAAAGUCGACCUGACCCGCUACUUGGAGAACCAAACUUUCCGAUUUGACUACGCCUUCGAUGAGAACUCCACCAAUGAAAUGGUUUAUAGGUUUACUGCUCAGCCGCUGGUUGAGACCAUUUUUGAGAGAGGUAUGGCGACCUGCUUUGCGUACGGACAAACUGGAAGUGGAAAAACACAUACGAUGGGAGGGGACUUUUCAGGAAAGAACCAGGACUGCUCUAAAGGGAUCUAUGCACUGUCUGCUAGAGAUGUCUUUCUCAUGAUAAAGAAGCCAAACUACAAGAAGCUGGAUCUCCAAAUCUUCGCCACAUUUUUUGAGAUUUACAGCGGGAAGGUGUUUGACCUGCUAAACCGCAAAGCCAAGUUACGUGUCCUGGAGGACGGCAAGCAGCAGGUCCAGGUGGUGGGGCUGCAGGAGAGGGAGGUGAAAUGCACAGAGGACGUCCUCAAACUCAUCGAAGUGGGAAACAGCUGCAGGACUUCUGGUCAGACCUCGGCGAACGCUCACUCCUCUCGGAGCCACGCUGUGUUCCAGAUCAUUCUGCGUCGGCGGGGGAAGAUGCACGGAAAGUUCUCCCUUAUCGACCUGGCGGGGAAUGAGAGAGGGGCAGACACAUCCAGCGCUGACCGUCAGACUCGCCUCGAAGGAGCUGAAAUCAACAAGAGCCUGCUGGCACUAAAGGAGUGCAUUCGAGCUCUGGGCCGAAACAAACCUCACACUCCCUUUAGAGCCAGCAAGUUAACCCAAGUGCUGAGGGACUCCUUCAUAGGAGAAAACUCAAGGACAUGCAUGAUUGCAACCAUCUCUCCUGGAAUGGCAUCUUGUGAAAACACCUUAAACACGCUGCGAUAUGCCAACAGAGUAAAGGAGUUUGGGAUAAGUCCCUCAGACAUUCCCUUCUCCCAGAGCGGAAGCGGAGGGAGUCGCUCUGAUCUCUCCCCUACUUACGAGGUGAAGGAGCUCUCUGUGGACCCUGCAGCGGCGAUCGACAGCCGUCAGGGAGGACACAUCAACCAGCUGGAGGUGCUGGAGGCUCAGUGGGGAGUCGGGAGCUCUCCCCAGAGAGACGACCUGAAGCUGCUCUGUGAACAGAACGAGGAAGAGGUCUCCCCGCAGCUUUUCACUUUCCAUGAAGCCGUCUCUCAACUUGUGGAGAUGGAGGAGCAGGUUCUGGAGGACCACAGGGCGGUUUUCCAGGAGUCGAUCCGCUGGCUGGAAGACGAGAAGGUGCUUUUGGAAAUGACAGAGGAGGUGGACUACGACGUCGAGUCGUUUGCAACUCAACUAGAGCAAAUCCUGGAUCAGAAGAUCGAUAUUCUCACCGAGCUGAGGGAUAAAGUCAAGUCUUUUCGUUCUGCACUCCAGGAAGAAGAGCAAGCUAGCCAACAGAUAACCCCGAAGAGGCCUCGUGCACUAUAGACACAUAAAAUAUAUGAUAUUUCACUGUAAUAUUGACUCGUGUUAAGAAAGAUGAAGGCCUUCCGUUGAGGUCAUUGUUGACGAAAGAGCUGAUUUAGCUCAGCUGUGAUUUUAUGACUUACUGUCUCUCUGUGCGUUCGGUCUCUCUUCAAUCUCUUUGCUGUACAAGCUGCCAUUGCUUCCCAUCAUCCAUCCAUCUGUAAAACCGAAGAGCAGACCGUCUUUGCUCUUCCAUCCCUCUUUGAAGUGUAUUUACAAGGUUUUGUAUGUGUGAUAUGUCACAAGUGCUUCAUGCUAAAAACAAAAAAAAAAGGUGGAUAUUUAUUUGUUUUAAAUACAUUUUUAUAGGAUCAAUCAUAGCUUAUCCUCACUUUGGCAAUUUUAUAAAACAACUUUUGCCAUUUUGUGCAAUAUUUGGAGGAUUUUCUUCCUGUUUAACCCCCUCGUUUCAGCUCAGGGGUGAACGGGGCAUGCCGAGUUUGUGUGUUAAAUGAGCCACUGUGUGUUUGUGUUGAUAAUGUAUGUAAUAUAUGUUGACUGAGAGAAAGCUUAAAACACAAAACUAACCUUGCAUUACAUUCAUUGGCCUAAUGGGGGCACUAUAAUCAAAGACAAAGCAACUGAAUUCAGAGUCCACAAAAGUAUUGAAACAGUAAUUUUUCAUUUGCCAAAAUAAAGAAAGGCUACUUCUU